ACCACACCACCACCCGGCGGGAGCGAGCGAGCGAGGGACGCAGCGGGAGCGAGCAAUCGAGGGAGGCACGAUGCAGAUCUUCGUCAAGACGCUGACGGGGAAGACGAUCACGCUCGAGGUCGAGAGCAGCGACACCAUCGACAACGUCAAGGCCAAGAUCCAGGACAAGGAAGGUAUCCCUCCGGACCAGCAGCGUCUCAUCUUCGCAGGGAAACAGCUGGAAGAUGGCCACACACUGGCCGACUACAACAUCCAGAAGGAGUCCACGCUUCACCUGGUGCUCCGCCUCCGUGGCGGCAGCAGAGGUGCCUACCCCAAGAAUCUUGAGCCCAAUCUCCGCAUGCUCGCCCAGAAGUACAAUGAGAACAAGAUGGUCUGCCGCAAGUGCUAUGCUCGCCUUCCGCUCAGGUCUACCAUCUGCCGCAAGAAGAAGUGUGGCCACUCCAAUGAGCUGAGGAUGAAGAAAAGGUUUAUGUCCAAGUUCGGGAAAGACCACCCCUUUUGAACACUGGGAAAGAGUCGUAUCAGAGUUAUGGCCAGAAUUAUGUUUUUUUGCUUACCUAGAUGUGAUGUGCUGGGAUUUGGACCUUAGUAGUUACUUUGUUGAACGCAAGCGGUUUAUGCAUACCAGUUUAGACAUGGUUAAGAAAUUGUGGUGGAAGGUCUGAACGGGAUGUUAUGCUUACCAGUUUAAACACUGUAAUCUUCUUGUCGGAAUGAAUAUUGCCUGUUCUGCUUGCUA